GAAACCACGCUGCAAUUUACUUUUCUAAAUCCUAACGCAUACGGUACAGUAUAGUCCACUUAGCUUUAUCAAUCAUGUACACACGAAAAUGCUAGCUUCUCCAACAUAGCACUCAAAAGUUAAUUAUGAGAAUGGAAACAAAAAAUUUCAUGACCCCUUUGAGGAUUAGUCUUUGCUUCAUUCUCCUCUUCCUCACUACAACAAGUGCACAAGCCCCAGUUUACAGUUACAAUUCUUGCAUGAACUCAACUUCUAUUAGCCCCACAUACAAAACUAACGUUAAGAGCCUCCUCUCAUGGAUCACCAAUGAUUCAUCCAUAAGCAAAGGGUUUAACUACACCACCAUAAGCAGCAACAACGGUGGUGACAACGACGGUUAUGGCGAUGCUGUUUAUGGGUUGUACAGCUGCAGAUACGACAUCACAGGAUACUUCUGCCAGUUCUGUCUCACCACUGCUGUCAACGAAAUCUCUCGGCUGUGUCCUGACAGUGUUACCGCUAUCCUAUGGUAUGAUGUUUGCAUCCUCCGUUACUCCAAUCAGAGUUUCCAUGGCAAAGUUAGUUUAAGCCCAACGUGGAACGUUACCGGACCCAGAAAAAUCAAGAAUUCAACAGAAACUAAGAAAAUUGAGGAUGCUAUGGAGGGUUUGAUUACAAAAGCAACUAUAGAGACCAAGCAGUUUUGGGCAGUGGAGGAGUUCGAUUGGGGUGACAAUGAGACAUUGUAUGGAUGGGUGCAGUGUGAUAGGGAUCUUCCAAGUGAUGAGUGCAGGAAGUGUUUGAAUGCAAUGUUAGAGAUAUUUCCACAAUGUUGUGGGACAAAGGUACAAUGGGCAGUUUUUGCUCCAACCUGUGGGAUGAGGAUGGAUGAUGAGAAGUUCUACCAGAAAUCAGACGACAAUGGUACUAGUACAUCAAGAAAGUUGAUUAUUUCCUUUAGUGUUCUGGGGUCAGUUGCUCUACUAUGUUUCAGUGUCUACUGCUUCUUGUACAGGAAACGAGUUAGAAAAGAUGAGAUGAUGCUCGAUGAGGAAACAUUGAAUGGAGACCUGCCUACAAUUCCAUUAAUCACAAUUCUAAAUAGUACUAAUAACUUUUCAAAAGCAUCUAAAUUAGGGGAAGGUGGAUUUGGCCCAGUUUACAAGGGAAUUCUACCAGAUGGAAGACAAAUUGCAGUGAAGAGGCUCUCACAAUUUUCUGGUCAAGGCUCAGAGGAGUUCAGGAAUGAAGUAAUGUUUAUAGCUAAAUUGCAACAUCGCAACCUUGUAAGACUUUUGGCGUGCUGCUUGCAGGAAAAAGAGAAGAUACUUGUAUAUGAGUAUAUGUCUAAUGCAAGCCUCGACUCUCACUUGUUUGAUGAUGAAAAGAAAAAGCAACUUGACUGGAAACUAAGAUUAAGAAUUAUCCAUGGAAUAGCAAGAGGAAUUUUAUACCUUCACGAGGACUCUCGACUCAGAGUAAUUCAUAGAGAUCUCAAACCUAGCAAUGUUCUAUUAGACGAUGAGAUGAAUGCCAAAAUAUCAGAUUUUGGAUUGGCAAGGGCAUUUGAAAUAGGACAGAACCAGGCAAAUACAAAACGUGUAAUGGGAACUUAUGGAUACAUGGCUCCGGAGUAUGCUAUGGAAGGAUUAUUUUCUGUGAAAUCUGAUGUUUUUAGCUUUGGAGUUCUUGUUCUAGAAAUCAUAACUGGGAAUAAGAACAGUGGAUUCCAUCUGUUAGAACAUGGUCAAAGUCUUCUUUUAUAUGCUUGGAACAUAUGGUGUGCCGGAAAAUGUUUGGAAUUGAUGGAUCUAGCACUGGUAAAAUCCUUCAUAGCCAGUGAAGUUGAGAAGUGCAUACACAUUGCUUUGUUGUGUGUUCAACAAGAUGAAGCAGAUAGACCGACCAUUUCCACUGUUGUUCUAAUGUUGGGAAGUGACACAAUACCCCUUCCAAAACCCAACCACCCUGCAUUUUCAGUUGGAAGAAUGACCUUAAAUGAAGCAUCAACUUCAGGAAGUUCCAAGAAUCUUUCCAUCAAUGAUGUAACAGUCUCUACCAUGUUACCAAGGUAAUUGGGAAUAUUAUUUCAAUCCUUGAGGUGUGUGUACUUAUUCUUUUUAUAGUUGGCUUAGGACUUUACGGCUUAGGGAGUUAGCUUAGUGCAGUUUCUGUUAUUUUCUUAUAACAGAAAGUAUCUGGGUUAGUGUAAGAUUAGAGAAGCUAUUAAAGCUCUAUAAAGCUUGUAGUUGUUUCUAAUCGAAAGGCUAAUGAGAACCUGCUACUUCCCAGAAACUCUCUUCUAAUUUUGUUCUUUUCUACUCUCUAUUCUUCUGGUUUUCCAGAGAUUUGUUUUCAUAACAUAUUCCAUUAAUAUCAUAAAACUUGUCAGGUAUGGUAUCCUUAUUUUA